CCGAUCGAGGAGAGGCGGACGCGGUGAUGAGGGUGGCCGCCGCCGCGGCUGCGGGCGGUCCGAGCGCGGGGGAGGAGGCCGGGACGUCCCUGGAGAGCCGCUUCCCGCAUCUCGCCAUCCGCAAACAGAUCUCGUAUCGGUGAGAUCCGGGAACUGUCCGCGCGGUGGGUGCUGAACAAAGCCACGGCGCGGCCUCAAGGAGCUGUCGUCCACCCGGGAUGCUGAUUUCGCAACCCUUCCCCUGCAAUGCACGGCAGCGCUUGCUACCACACGGGCGACCAAACAGGGAUUAAUUUCACCAAGGGCGACUGACAGGGCUUACUAUCACACGGGCGACUCACAAGACUUACUACCACACGGGCGACCAACAGGGUUUACUGUCACCAAUCACCAAGGGCGACUGGCAUGGCUUAUAUUCAAUCACCAAGGGCGACUGGCAUGGCUUACUAUGACACGGGCGACUGACAAGGCUUACUAUCACUCGUCCUUGUGGGCCGCGUGUACAAACGAGGAGGCGUCAGCACCCCCCCCCCCCCCCGUGUUUGUGUGGAGCGGUUGGUUAGCGUUGCUGUGCUAAGAAUUCCAGUUCGAUUCCAGCUCAUGGCCAAUACCAGUCUAGGGCCUUCCCUAGGUCGACUCAGCCUCAAAUGAGUAGCUGGUGCGAUGUUUAAACAUAGCCACUAGGGAGACAAAGGUGGCCGGGCGUGCUGUGGUCUUCAGAAUACACAAGGGAUCAUUGUCUUGUGUGUGUGUCUGUGUGUAUAUAUGUGCGUGUCUUUACGUGGGGAACGGCCGUGUAUUAGCGCACUGCGCUAUAAAAACUCGGCGACCAGAGUUCGAUUCCCAUUCACGACCAAUAACUGGCGAAUAUUUGAACCGGUCGUGGGCCUUCUGUAGGUCGACUUAGCCUUAAAUGAGUACCCGUGUGUGAAGAUCAGCAUUGGGGAGACAAAGGUGGCGGGCUUGGUAUUGGCCACCCACCGACUCGUGUGCCGUGCCGGCCGUUAUAGGUGUUUGCUGACAGUCUGUUAACGGCUAUACGGGGGACAUUUGUCUGUGUAUCUGUGUGACGUGGCGUCUUUCAUUCGUACAGUGCUCGUUACGCGCUUAAUUAAGCUUCGUGCUCUCAGCGUCGGUUCUAUUAUUGGAUGGAGCUGGGUUAUGGUUUUUGCCUUCACUGCGAAUCAGCGCUCUUCCCCACCCAUCCACCUUUAAGCGAGACCCCGGGGGGUGCAUCGCAUCCUUGCCCGAGCGCCGGGCGUCGGCGCGCGUAAUGUCAUUAGGGGCGCUGACCGCAUGGACAGCCUCGGCUGAGCGUUGCGAGUCUCUUGAGAUUCUGCAGAGCCAAUGAAGGCAUCACAGCCCGCGCGGACGAUACAGACCCAGGCGGAGCUGCGAUGAUGUGCACACGGGGGAACUGUGACGUGCAUGUACAAUUACACAUGUGUGUAUGUAUUUAUACACGUGUGUUCGUGUGCACGUGUGUUCGUGUGCACAUGUAUAAAUACAUACAUGUGUGUAUGUAUUUAUACACGUGUGUUCGUGUGCACGUGUGCACGUGUGUUUGUGUGCACGUGUGUUCGUAUGUGAGGUUAAACAGCCGCUGGAGGGGUCCCUUCCCUCUCGCCGUCAGGCGUCCCAUGCUCAUUGCUACCAAGCUGCUGCGUUCACACUCGCAGCUUGUGCGCCCCGCUUCACUGGGCGCUGAUACAUCUCCUCCACUGUGCGAUGAUGCAUCUCCUUCACUGGGUGAUGAUGCAUCUCCUUCACUGGGUGAUGAUGCAUCUCCUUCAUUGGGUGAUGAUGCAUCUCCUUCACUGGGUGAUGAUGCAUCUCCUUCACUGGGUGAUGAUGCAUCUCCUUCACUGGGUGAUGAUGCAUCUCCUUCACUGGGUGAUGAUGCAUCUCCUUCACUGGGUGAUGAUGCAUCUCCUUCACUGGGUGAUGAUGCAUAUCCUCCACUGUGCGAUGAUGCAUCUCCUCCACUGUGCGAUGAUGCAUCUCCUUCACUGGGUGAUGAUGCAUCUCCUUCAUUGGGUGAUGAUGCAUCUCCUCCACUGUGCAAUGAUGCAUCUCCUUCACUAGGUGAUGAUGCAUCUCCUUCAUUGGGUGAUGAUGCAUCUCCUUCACUGGGUGAUGAUGCAUUUCCUUCACUGGGUGAUGAUGCAUCUCCUUUACUGGGUGAUGAUGCAUCUCCUUCACUGGGUGAUGAUGCAUCUCCUUCACUGGGUGAUGAUGCAUCUCCUUCAUUGGGUGAUGAUGCAUCUCCUCCACUGUGCAAUGAUGCAUCUCCUUCACUAGGUGAUGAUGCAUCUCCUUCAUUGGGUGAUGAUGCAUCUCCUUCACUGGGUGAUGAUGCAUUUCCUUCACUGGGUGAUGAUGCAUCUCCUUUACUGGGUGAUGAUGCAUCUCCUUCACUGGGUGAUGAUGCAUCUCUUUCACUGGGUGAUAAUGCAUCUCCUUCACUGGGUGAUGAUGCAUCUCCUUCACUGGGUGAUGAUGCAUCUCCUUCAUUGGGUGAUGAUGCAUCUCCUUCACUGGGUGAUGAUGCAUCUCCUUCACUGGGUGAUGAUGCAUCUCCUUCACUGGGUGAUGAUGCAUCUCCUUCAUUGGGUGAUGAUGCAUCUCCUUCACUGGGUGAUGAUGCAUCUCCUUCACUGGGUGAUGAUGCAUCUCCUUCACUGGGUGAUGAUGCAUCUCCUUCACUGGGUGAUGAUGCAUCUCCUUCACUGGGUGAUGAUGCAUCUCCUUCACUGGGUGAUGAUGCAUCUCCUUCACUGGGUGAUGAUGCAUCUCCUUCACUGGGUGAUGAUGCAUCUCCUUCACUGGGUGAUGAUGCAUCUCCUUUACUGGGUGAUGAUGCAUCUCCUUCAUUGGGUGAUGAUGCAUCUCCUUUACUGGGUGAUGAUGCAUCUCCUUCAUUGGGUGAUGAUGCAUCUCCUUCACUGGGUGAUGAUGCAUCUCCUUCACUGGGUGAUGAUGCAUCUCCUUCACUGGGUGAUGAUACAUCUCCUUCACUGGGUGAUGAUGGAUCUCCUUCACUGGGUGAUGAUGCAUCUCCUUCACUGGGUGAUGAUGCAUCUCCUUUAUUGGGUGAUGAUGCAUCUCCUUCACCGAGUGCUGAUGCAUCUUCAAAAUGACGUUUCACAAUGGUUUCACAGUCGAUCCUUCCCUCACACAGGGUGUCUCUGGGGUAUCCAAUACCGUGGACUGUGGAUUCCCACGCGCAUUUGCCAAUAAAAUAUAUCCCAUGUUUAAUGCUCCGGCUAAAAAUACAUUCA